AUGUUACGGUAUGUACUGCACCUGACAGUAUACUUUAUGCUGCAGCUGGAGUUAAGCUCUGUGCAGGCUUCUCUGUUGGCCAAUGAGCAGGAAAAUAAGCGACUUAUGGAUCAGCUGGCAGUAUUGGAGCAGGAACAGAAUGCUAAAAGACAAGUGGAGGAACUGCUAACUGAACUGACAGACAGCAAGAGUAAACUUGCAUACGAAAAAGGAAAGCUGGAGAGCAGAGUACGUAAAUUACAGUCUGAACUGCAAUCUGUCUGUGAUGCUCAGUUAGAGAAUUCCAAGCUUCGUAAACUCCACGAAGCUCUAGAGAUGAAGUACACACAGAUUACUUCAGCGCUUGACUCUUGCAAAAUCAGAUUGCAAAGAACAGAGGCCAAAUUACAACAGACUGUGAACUUGUUGAAUCGUAAGGAGGAGGAUUUUACAUUGGCUAUCCAGGCUAGGGAUGAGACUGUAAGAGAAGAGAAAAAGCUCAGAAAACAGAUCAAAGCUUUUGAGGAGAAAGAGGAGCAUAAUAGAGUAGUCAUCCAGCAGCAGCUGUCUGAUGUAUGUGAGGAGAGAAGUAGAAUGUCUGAAACUCUGGAGAAUAUCUUGUCCUCCCACACUAAACUCCAGAAGGAAUUAGAAACAUUGCAGACUGAAUUGGGGUGCAGAGAUGCUGACAUCAUAAAUCUACAUAAAGACAGGGCUAAUAGUCAGAAGCAGAUUCAGAGACUGGAGGUGGAGCUUUCAGCGUUUCAAAGGAAGCUACAGACUGCGGAGUCGCAACAUCAUGGCAAGAUAGAACCUCUUCAAAGAUCCAUAGAAAUUGCAUGGGAGGAUAACCGAAAACUAUCCCGUGCUAUGGAUCAGGCUAUUCAGAGAAAUGCCCUUUUACAGCACUGUGUAGAGGAACUGGAAGAGAGGCUCCAAAACAAAGAGGCACAGGAAAAGCAGUUACUUCAAAUGAAGACACAAGCUGAAGAAGAAGUUAGAAUGAAGGAUCAACUAUUAGAGGAACGCGUGACAUCUUUAAGCAAACAGCAUCAAUUGGAGAGCAAAGAGGCAAGAAAGACUGCACGAAAAGAGGCAGCAGAGCUAAAGAAAGCACUAGAUAAUGCCACAGCAAAAUCCGCAGAGCUCUCACGGACAAACAGAGAGCUGAGAGCGCGGGAAUCCAUGCUACAAAAAGAGAUUCUGCAACAGAAGGACAUUGUAUGUGGACUUAAAACACAGCUCAGAUGUUACAUGGAAAGCAAAGGGGCCAGAAAAGAAGCAGAAAGAAUACAAGAGCUAGAGGCCAGACUGAAAUCCAUGCAGAACGUUCAGGAGGAUUAUGAGAGAAAUAAUAAUGAACAGUGUAGACGCAUCCAAGGGUUCAUGGCAGAAGUGGGAAAAACUGCGUAAAGAAAUAUCUGCAGCAGCAUCUUGGAGAGCACAAGACACCUGUCAGAGCCCUACAGAGAAAAAAUAUGAAGUCCAGAAUGAAGCUGGAGGAAAGAUGUGGGGACAUUGUUGAAUAUAACCUGGCAAAUUUUCUUCAUUUUCAUCCACAAUCCACCGCUGAGCACUGGGAAACAAAGCAGAAGCUUAAGUUGAUUUCCAGAAAUAUUUUACCCAAAGAGUGA